AUGUCUUCAUUCGACUCUGACCUGCAACAAGGCGUUGUCGUUGCUGGUCUUACAGUCGCACUCCUUUACCUCUUGCACCGCGCUCUUCUACCCAAACCAAUCCCAGGAAUACCUCACAACAAACAUGCAGCAACAAAUAUCAUGGGAGACAUCGACUCCUUCCUCGAAAGCCAGAAACAAGGCAUCUCUAUGUUCCGAUGGGUUUCAGCCCAGACCGAGAACCUCCAAUCGCCCAUCAUCCAACUCUUCAUGCGCCCCCUUUCUCCCCCAACGGUCAUCCCGCUGAUGCCUCAGUUUCACAUGAUGAUGAAGAGCGAGGAUCCCCUGUACAAGAGGCAGCGGAAAUGGUUGCAAGACCUGAUGACGCCUGGCUUCCUUCAUGGUGCUGUAGCAAAGCCCAUCCAUGAUAGCGUCCGGCAGGUGGUUGAGCUUUGGGAGCACAAGGCCCGUCUUGCCGACAGCCACCCAUUCGAGGCCUUCAACGAUAUCUACUUCGGGGCAUUUGACGCCGUAUUAGCGUUCUCCUACAGCAGCAACUUUCAACACAUAACGCUGCGAAGUCGACUGCAGCUGAUUUCGGCCCUCGGAACCGUGGAACUUCCAGCCGAUGCUGAUUCUCCGGUGGUCUUUCCGGAGAGUGAACAGAGCGAAGUCAUCAAAGCGAUGCUAGAGUUAGCAGAAAAGGUCGAGAAAACGAGAAAGGCAGUUCUGCCAUGGCUUCGGUGCUGGUAUAUCCAUCAGACACCUCGCAUCAAGGCCGCCAAAAAGAUCAGAGAUGAAUCUGCCGGUGAACCUGCGUGCUCGGCGCUCGAUCAUAUGGUCUACAGAGAGAAGCGGGUAGCCGAGAAGGAAGGCAGGGCCCCGGUCUACAAGUCGGUUGGUAUGCACAGCGAGGCAUUCGGGUUCCUACUAGCCGGGCACGAGACAACAGCCACAACCUUUGGCGGGGGCAUCAAAUACCUCACAGACAACCCAGAAGCCCAAACACAUCUCCGCGAAGCCCUCCGCCAGCACUUGCACGACGCGGUCAAAGAGAGACGGAACCCAACCCAUGAAGAAAUCAUCAAGACCACCAUCCCUUACCUCGACGCCACCAUUGAAGAAAUCCUGCGCUUCGCGGGGACGACCUCCGUCACGGACCGCGAAGCGAUGCAAGAUACCACGAUCCUGGGCCACCACAUCCCCAAAGGCACAAACGUGAUGAUGGUGACCAUUGGCAAGAGCAUCCUCAAGCCAGCCUUUGAUAUCCUCGAUGCCCUGCGGUCCAAGACGGCACUCGACGCGUCUAAUCGGAUCCGAAGUUGGGAGUCAUCGCCGUAUCCUGUGGAGGACUUCAAACCUGAGCGAUGGCUUGUCAAGUCGGAUAAGGAUCCGGGGCAGAUGGUGUAUGAUGCCACGGCGGGGCCUCAGAUGGCUUUCGGCCUCGGGCCAAGAGCGUGUUUUGGGCGGAGGCUGGCAUACUUGGAGCUUCGCAUGUUCACUGCGAUGCUGAUUUGGAACUUUGACUUUUUGCAAUGUCCUCCAGAGUUGUCAGACUAUAGAGGCUAUGAUGGGUUGACGGUCAAGCCUCGGCAAUGCUAUGUCAAGCUGUCCAAGAUAGCUUUGUGAGGUUUCGUCAAGGCUGAGCUGCGACAACUUGUACUUCAUCAUGACGAAAGAGUCUUAUGAAGAUGUACGGGGAGAGAUGUGGUAGGCGUUGAGGCUGCUCUACUAGUUAAAGACACCGUUAUGGUGCAUACACUUAGAUAGAACGAAUAGACUGAGAUACAUCACACAAUGCAACGCAUGCCACCGGGG